GCAAACAUUUCAAACACCCUUCUUCCUCCUCAUCCUCUUUUAGCUUUUCUUAAUCCAGUUUUCCUUCUUUGCAUGUGCUACAAGUAACACAAUGGAAAUCAGAACCAGCUCUGAACUCCCACCUGGUUUCAGGUUCCACCCCACGGACGAAGAACUCAUCGUGUUUUACCUUAGAAACCAGGCCAAAUCUAAGCCAUGCCCCGUUUCCAUAAUCCCAGAAGUUGAUAUCUACAAAUUCGAUCCAUGGCAAUUACCCGAUAAAGCCGAGUUCGGUGAAAAUGAAUGGUAUUUCUUUACCCCACGAGACAGGAAGUAUCCUAAUGGGGUUCGACCCAACAGGGCCGCCGUGUCGGGGUAUUGGAAGGCUACCGGCACCGACAAAGCCAUAUACGGUGGUUCCAGAUGUGUGGGAGUGAAGAAAGCUCUUGUGUUCUACAGGGGCAGGCCACCAAAGGGAGUCAAGACUGAUUGGAUCAUGCAUGAGUAUCGGUUAAGCGAUUCUAGAAAUCAAAUCAGCAUGCAAAAUGGAUCCAUGAGACUGGAUGAUUGGGUCCUUUGCCGAAUCUACAAGAAGAAGAGCUCGGGAUCAGGAGGAAAGGUUUUGGAACAAAACGGUGACGAGUCAAGCACCCGAAUUGACUCAGUUCCUCAUCUGCUGGAAUUGGAUUACACGGGUCCAGAUUCCCAGCUUUUUGGUGAAAAUACAUACUCCAAUACAAGCUUUGAAUAUUUCCCCAACACCAUAGGACAAAUGCCUUACCAAUACACUGAUUCAGCGAAGCUUCAAGCGAACGAGAAUGGGUUCUUGAACCAACAAGCAUACAUCAAUCCCCUGCUGCAUCAGUUUCAAUAAUAGAGAUUGUUUUCACCUUAACGAAAAUGUAAUAAAAAAAUAUUAGCU